AACAUACCGUACAAUAUUAUACAAGGCGUCGAACUCCAGUUUAUGCGUGUUUUCUAGACCUUUCCCGUGCCUUUGACCUCGUCUCUUAUGAUGUCAUGUGGGAUAAGCUGCGGGAGAGAAAAGUUCCGGCUGAACUGUUACGUAUUUUUCAGUACUGGUACUAUAACCAGAUAAAUAAUGUGAGAUGGGCCGACAAGUUGUCGGUGCCGUAUGGCUUAGAGUGCGGUGUAAGGCAGGGAGGAAUAACCUCACCAAAACUGUUCAACCUCUAUAUUAACGACCUGAUCGUUGAGCUCAGCAGUAAGAAAAUCGGCUGUCGCAUUGAUGACUGCAGUAUUAAUAACAUCAGUUAUGCCGACGACAUGGUGCUGCUGGGCCCAACGGUCAGGUCGCUCAGAGAGUUACUUGCGUGUUGUGAGUCCUAUGCACAGACUCAUGGCCUACUGUACAAUGUUGCUAAGAGCGAAUUCAUGGUCUUUAAGGCGAGUGGUGGUAAAUGUCCAGAUUCCGUACCUGCAAUUAGGCUUAAUGGUAAUGAACUAAAUCGUGUUUACCAGUUCAAAUACCUGGGUCAUUACGUGACCGACGACCUUAGGGACCAUGUAGACAUUGAGCGGGAACGUAGGGCGCUGGCAGUUCGAUGUAAUAUGCUGGCGCGCAGGUUUGCGCGUUGUAGCAAGGAGGUUAAAGUAACACUUUUUAAAGCAUAUUGUCAAGUGUUCUACACGUGCAGCUUGUGGGCCGGCUAUACUUUGCGGACUAUCAGCGCCCUGCGAGUCCAAUAUAAUAAUGGGUUCAGAAUGUUGAUGGGACUGCCCCGUUUCUGCAGUGCAUCUGGCAUGUUCGCUCAAGCACACGUUGAUGACUUCCAUGCCAUUAUCAGACAGAAGUCUGCAUCGCUGCUCUGCAGGGUGCGGGCCAUUUCCAACUCCAUCUUGAAAACCAUUGCAGGGAGGUACGAUUCACCUAUAAUACAUGGUAUCGUGCGAAGAUGUAUUCCCAACAGUAGGCUUGUAACAAUAUCUCUAUAGGUACUAACAUAGUUUUUAAGAUUUUAAAUGUUUUCUUACUAACCCCUAUGGAUGCUUCACUUGUCCGAAAUAAACGUUAUUUUAUU